GGCAUGGCCAUGUUGGUGACGUAAGUCAGAGGGCAAAGGGCAGCUCUUCUCCCCACAGAGAACCUUUCUUCUGCUCUUCCGGCCCAGCCUGGCCUGUCCGUCUGAUGGCUUUUUCUCAAAAGAGCCUUGGUGUGUUGCAGGGCCCUCACGGAGACCUCCCCCUCUGCCACGUGCAGCCUCCAGAGACAUCUGAGUUCUGUCCUGGAGAAGGAAGAGGCAAAGGAGCAUUCAGCUGCAGUGGUGGCCUUCUUUGUUGAGCUGCUGGCUAAUUACAAGAGCCAAGCCCCCAUGGAGAAGACCUGGAAGCUGCUAAUGGCUUGGCUGGAGCACCCCAGCCAGACCGUUCACCAACUGAGCAGGAAGGGUCUUCUCCAUCUCUGCGAGAACUACAAGGUGAUGAUGACCCCCGAGGAGCUCUGCCAUGCUGUCCUCGGUGGGCUCGGCAGUGACAGCUCCGCCAUCACCUUGGAGUUCUUGGGCUUGGCGGGGCAGCUCGGCCUCCAGGCAGGAGAGGAAGUAUGGACUGCCCUGAAUGCCUCCUUGGCUGCCCAGUACCGCUCGCUCUUCCACCAUGAGGCGGCAACCAUCCGAAGGGCAGCCUUGAAUCACAUCUGGCCUCUUCUGCAGCACCGGAAAGAUCUUGAGGGGAUAGCAGCCAUCCAUACCCUCAUCGCGGUGCUGAUGCACGUGGAGGAUGUUGAGGAGGAGGUGGCGAAGGCAGCAAAGCUUACCCUGCGGCACCUGGCACAGGCCCUCCAUUGGCACCUUGGGGGCACCCUCCUGGCGGGGGGGACUUACAGCCUGCAGGAGCUACUUCAUAAGAUCACCAAGCGCCUGAUUCAGUUCCCCAUCCCGGAGUCGCAGUUGGAGAUGGAAGUGUUCACCUGCCUUUGGUACUUCAAGAGCAAGCAGGCUUCAGUGAGGAGAACGGCUGCGAUGUUCAUUGGUCACCUGCUUCAUCAGAACGGCAGCCUCCUCACUGGAGGGACGCUUCCUGUCUACCUUGCUUAUGUGGAGAAGCUUCUGGGUGACCAGGACCCUGCAGUCAGGCGAGUCGCCCAGAGAACAGAAGCUUUGGUACAAAAGGCCUUCUCCCUCCACUCUGCACACGGGCUGGUGGCUGCCCUUCGGCGCUUGGCGGCAGGCUGUAGGAGACAACGUUAUCCCCCCGAGUAUGAAGGCCUUUCCGCCUGAUGGACCGGGAUUCGAGCCCUUCCUCCCGUGCCAGUGAACACCUUGCAGCACCGCAGGAAAGACCACUAGGGUGCGUACCAUCUCCUUGCUACGGACGAAAGUCAGUCGCCGGUUGACGGGGCUGGGAAGGAAUUUUACCCCAAAUCUGCCACUGGACUUGGCAAGUGGG